CGUGACUUCAGUCCGCAGCAGCUGGCGGGUGUGGUGUGGGCACUAGCGGUGAUGCAGGCAGUCAACAGUCCGCCCUUCAGGGCCGCAUGGGCCGCGCUGCUGCGUGCCGCACCGCAGCUGCCCGCCUCUGAGCCCGUGCUGACGCAGGUGUGGCAGGCGGCACUUGCACUGCACCUGGAGGGGGAGGGGGCGGGGGAGGGACAGCAGGCGGCGGGAGCAGGAGGGAGAGGGGCAGAAGCAGGGACAGCACAACAACAGCAGCAACAGCAGCAGUCCUCCGGCGGCGGCAGCAACCGUAACCGCAGCAGCAGCAGCAGCAGCUCCACCACAGAGGAUGUGAUCGCAUCCGCGCUGGCAGCUGCAACAGCCGCCGCCUCCUCCUCCGCUGCCUCCGGCCCAGCACUCUCCCCUUCCUCCUCCUCCUCCCCCCUACCCGGGCCACCAGACCCCGCCGCAGUCCGCAGUCUGCUGCUCCGAGCUGCCGCCACCUUCCAGGCCGCCAGCAGCGGUCUGCGGCGCCGCGUGCAGAGCAGCUACCAGCGGCAGAUGGCCAACACGCUGUCGGCGCUGGGGCACCUGACGUUGAUAGAAGACAACAGUGCAGGCGGCUACUCCGUAGACAUAUCGCUGCCCGCUCUGCGAGUGGCGGUGGAGGCGGACGGACCCACCCACACCGGCCGCAUCCCCGGCUCCCCCCGCCCCACCCACACCGGCAGUCCUGGAGGGGCCCGGGGGGGCCCAGCCCAGCAACCCCCCCAGUCCCAGCAACCUACUUCGCCCCACCACUACUACGCGGAACUGGGCGCUACUGCCAUGAAGCGGCGCCACCUGCGGGCGAUGGGCUGGCAGGUGGUCAAUGUGUCGUACAAGGAGUGGGACCGACUGACCUCCAGCGAGGCGAAACGGGCCUUCCUGCAGGAGCGCAUCAACCAAGCUCUGCUGGAGGGGGUACGCGAGGCGGUGGCGGCUGCCGGGGGAGAGGAGGGGCGGGAGAAGCGACAUGAAGUCGCGUGACCCGUGGGUCGGAUAGAAGCACAGAACGGAUAUGAAAGUUGAGAGCAGUUAAGAUGAGGCUCUUUGGUGGCUAGCCGCGCGGCCUAACACGGCCGCAAGCAGUUCAACUGUGGAGUUAGCUUACCUUUGUUCGUUGUUCGGGAUGUGUGUGUAAGAGCGUACCGGUAACAGAGCUGCAAUGCUGCCACACAGCAAGUGUGCAUGCAAGUACGGUAUGCCCCGAUACGUCUCUAGACACCGGAGCACUGUGCGGAGGCGGACCUCGCGUGUGCAAGAGAGGCCGUGUGCGAACUGCGCAGGCAGAAGAAUGAGAGAGGCGCUGGGGGCGGACGGUGCUCCGGAGCCCAGACGAGCCCAGCCCCUGUGAGGCUGUGGAAGACACUGGUUGGAGUGCCCGCUGAAAACUGAGGAAAGGGC